CACGCCCCCACUCUACAAAAGAGGCCACGCGUACGAUUUCCCACAAGCGCAGUAAUCCUCCCGCCCAUCUCCUCUUCGCACCGGAAGCCAUUCGCUCCUCCUCGAUUUCCCCCGUCGCGAGGUCGCUGGAUUUCUCGUUGUACACGGCGGCUGGAGAAGAGGAGGAGGAGGAGAAGUAUCAUCGGAACGGCGUGCCUGUGCUGUGUCUGCGGUAUCUAUUUUGGUCGUUGAAUUCGAUUCGGGGCGGUCGCGAUGGGGUUGGGGAUGGGGAAUAGCGAGGCGAGUUCUUCGUCGUCGCGGCUGGACCCCGCGCCGCUGCUGCCGCACCACGGUAGAGAGAGCGGCGAGGUGGGCCUGUCGUCGCAGCCCAAGACGUUCGCGAACGUCUUCAUCGCGGUGGUCGGCGCCGGCGUGCUGGGCCUGCCGUACACCUUCUCGCACACGGGGUGGGCGGCGGGGUCGCUGCUGGUUCUUUCAGUCGCCGCGCUCACCUUCUACUGCAUGAUGCUGCUCGUCGCGUGCCGCCGCCGCCUCGCCGACGAGCACGCUAAGAUCUCCUCGUUCGGGGACCUCGGGGACGCCAUCUUCGGUGCGCAAGGCCGGUUCGCCGUGGACUCGAUGCUGGUACUCAGCCAGGCCAGCUUCUGCAUCGGAUACCUCAUCUUCAUCUCGAACACCAUGGCGCACCUCUACCCGAUCUUCGCGCCGUCCUCAUCCGCCCUCCUCUCCCCCAAGGCGCUCUUCAUCUGGGCCAUGCUGCCGUUCCAGCUCGGGCUCAACUCCAUCAAGACGCUCACGCUUCUCGCGCCGCUUAGCAUCUUCGCCGACGUCGUCGACCUCGGCGCCAUGGGGGUCGUCCUUGGCCAGGACGUUGCCACCUGGCUCGCCAAGUCCCCGCCCGUGGUGGCCUUCGGCGGCCCGGGCGCGCUCCUCUACGGGCUCGGCGUCUCCGUGUUCGCCUUCGAGGGCAUCGGCAUGGUGCUGCCGCUGGAGGCGGAGGCCGCGAACAAGAAAAAGUUCGGCGCCACGCUCGGCCUAUCCAUGGCGUUCAUUGCCGUCAUGUACGGUCUGUUCGGCGUGAUGGGGUACGUCGCGUUCGGCGACGCCACGCGGGACAUCAUCACCACCAACCUCGGCGCUGGGUGGCUGUCGGCCGCCGUGCAGCUGGGGCUGUGCAUCAACCUGUUCUUCACCAUGCCGGUGAUGAUGAACCCGGUGUACGAGGUCAGCGAGCGCCUGCUCCACGGGAAGCGCUACUGCUGGUGGCUCCGGUGGCUGCUCGUCAUCGCCGUCGGGCUCGCCGCCAUGUACGUCCCCAACUUCACCGACUUCCUGGCGCUCGUCGGUAGCAGCGUCUGCGUCCUCCUCGGGUUCGUGCUGCCGGCCUCGUUCCACCUCAAGAUGUUCGGCGCCGAGAUGGGCUGGCCCGGGGUGCUCUCCGAUGUCCUGCUGAUCGUGCUCGGCCUCACGCUCGCCGUCUUCGGAACGUACACAUCACUGCUGCAAAUCUUCCACUCGUCCAGCGUUUGAUCUCUCCAUCUUUUCCUAUGCGCCCAGGAUUAAUUCGCUCGGCGCAUAAGUUCCAGUUCCAGGUACUCUGGUCCCGCUCCUGUGUACAGAGAAGUUUACCAGAAGAGGAACGGAUCCCCUUUUCAGCUAUUUGUUGAUUUGGGUGUGGAUUCUGGGCUGAUCGUCGCAUUCUUCCAGAGCAGAUUACAAUUCAGAUGGUAUGUGUGUGGGGCUUGUAUAGCACGGGAAAAUCUGUAUGCUUUUGCUACAACAGAUUUUCACUGUUCCCGGUAGCAAUCUACUAUGUAUGUGUCCUAGAUGUUCCUCCUGCAAUGCACGACGGAUUCGAUGAAAGGACAAAAUUUUCAGUUCA